AUGCGCUGGGUGUCCGCCUUGAUAGCCCUGGCAUCAGCAAGUGCAUUACAGGCAAAUGCACUGGAUACUACAAUCUUCACUUUCUCUCCCAACUCUGCAAGUUCCACAAAUGCCAAUUCCCAACAACAAACAAUAACGGAGGAUGAGGCCCGUCUCGUCUUGGAGCUUCGCAUGAAGUCACCUGUAGAAUCGGUCCUUGGAAUGGUGGAUGCAGACACUGUGGAUUACUUGAACCAUUUUGCCCAGGAUGAUAUCAUGCUUUUUGGUGUGUCCAGUAAGGAAUUUCCUCCCAAGAGAAGCAUGUUGGUUCUCGAAGGGGUAGACCAGCAACAUGUCCUCGCUAUGCAAAAAGCCCAACCGAUCCAUCUGCGUAUUCCUCAAGUUUCCUCCUCAUUCAUUGGAUUCGAUCCCCUGGAAACCUUGAUUGGAACAGCCCAUACUGCCAAAGAGGACCGUGGGCAACACUGUACAUACUUUGAUGGUGCUAACAGUGCCACAUCGAUGAUAUCCCAGACUGCCAAGGAAUGCCUGUCCAGGGAUCCUAUGUUUGCUGAUGACUCUGGCUUGCUGAGCCAUGACUUCUUUUCGCUAGUUGAUUCAGUGGAAUCUUGGACAAGCAAGGACCGCAAGGAUUCAGCUCUUAGAUUGUCCUUCAAGAACUCUUUUAGUGGUUCACCUCUUGGGGCUGAGUUUCUAGAAGUCUUGCUCCUCCAUCUAGCCAGGAUAUCAUCAAUCACUGAACGUGAAAUCACGCUCUUGCUUUUACCACAGGGUAUCAAAUCAGAAGGGUCCACCAGCCGACAUGUACGACGCUUAUCAGCACCAGCCACCCAAUAUACUGCAUUCAAGAGGUCUGCGCAAGAUUCAUUAUUGCAGUCAACCUUGACGCCCAUUUGCCAUGCUUCUAAUAGUUCUUGUGCUGAGGCUACUAACAACUGCUCUGGGCAUGGCUCCUGUUAUCUAAAGUACGGAGCGGGUGUGGAUGGAACUACAGGGAAUUGCUAUACAUGCCAAUGCCGUAAAAGCAUUGUUCAAAAUAGUGAUGGCACUACCAAGACAGUGCAGUGGGGAGGAUCAGCUUGCCAGAAAAGGGACAUCAGUUCACCUUUCUUCCUUAUUGCAGGUGUUAGUGUCCUUGCCAUUGUUAUGGUUGGUAGUGCGAUUGGAAUGCUUUUUAGCAUGGGCGCACAGGAUCUACCUAGUGUCAUCAGUGCUGGUGUAGGAGGCCCUAAGUCUCCAAUGUGA